AUGCAGCAAGUAAUUGUCGACUCUAUCCGUGAAUCGGACAAAGAUUUACGUGAUAUCAAUCAUAAGAUUCACAGCAACCCUGAGCUGGGCUACAAAGAGUUUCUGGCUCACGAUAAUAUUGUUGCUCUCUUGAAGUCCAAAGGUAUUGAGGUGACACCUCAUGCUUAUGGUCUAGAAACAUCAUUCGAGGCUACCUUCGGUCGUGGUGGCCGCCUUGUCGUCUUCAAUGUUGAGUACGAUGCGCUUCCCGAGAUCGGGCACGCUUGUGGGCACAACUUAAUAGCUACCUGCUCACUUGCCGCCUUUCUGGGUGUUGUUGGUGUGAUGAAACAAAACCAACAUGUUGCUGGUAGAGUACGUGUGCUAGGCACACCGGCUGAAGAAGGAGGAGGCGGCAAGAUAAAACUUAUUGAUCGAGGAGCAUAUCAUGGUGUUGACGCUUGUCUCAUGGCACAUCCCAUGUCUGGUGCCAUGUUCCCUCCUCAGUUGAAAAACAUCGCCGGUAUCGCUUAUGGUUCUUGUGUUGCUAGCGCCAAGUUUCGGGCAACGUUUUCUGGAAAGCCGGCACAUGCUGCUGCCGCGCCUCAUGAAGGGAUCAAUGCUCUAGAUGCUGCAGUUCUUGCAUAUAAUGGAAUUUCAAUGCUAAGGCAACAGUGUCGCCCUUCGCAGAGAAUCCAUGGGAUUAUUCUGGAAGGAGGCGAGAAGCCAAAUGUCAUUCCGUCCCGAUCACAAAUGGAAUAUAAUGUCCGCAGAGACACACUAAAGGAAACAAAAGAAUUACAAAAAAGGGUGAUGCAAUGCUUUGAGGGCGCAGCUGUGGCGACAGGAUGCCGAUUAAAUUUCGAAGAAACAAACAACUAUGCUGAACUGAUCCCAAACCGAACCCUUUGCGCAGCCUAUUCCGACUAUAUGCUAGAACUAUCUUCUCCACAGCUUCCAUUUGAUACUUCAUGCGAUAUUCUGGAAAGUCAGCCGCCGAAAGGUUCGUACUCUACAGACCAGGGCAACGUAACGCAGGUUUGCCCUGGUAUUCAUCCAAUCUAUAGCAUUCCAGUAGACGGUGGUGCUGCCAACCAUACUAAAGAAUUCACUGCUGCUGCCGGGACAGAGGAAGCGUAUCAACGCACCAUCAAUGCAGCAAAAGGGAUGGCUGCAACUGCUUGGAAAGUGUUAACGGAUGACGCAUUUGCUGAUGAGGUUCGAAAGGAAUUCGAGAGAUGGAGAGCAAGCAAUUAAGUAGAAUAUCUGUCACUCUACCUAAGCGUAUCAUGCUUGCAUUUGAGUUUUGAAGAAUGCCAAUAAGGUCUUUUGAAUUGAAUCAGCUAAAAAAAAUAAUGCGAAGUAUUCAAGCAAACAAAUGUAAAACCGU